CCCCCGUGCUCCCACCGUCGCGACGGCAUCGCGACCCCGCCGCCUCCGCCCCGCCCGCAACCCCUGGCCGCCAUUGACUGGGCUUCAAGCUGCGCAGCCUCCCUGGUGAUUGAUGAUGGCCAACCACGAGCUGGUUCUUGGGCACGGGCAGGACGCCGCCGAGCUGGCGCUGGGGCAGAGCCACCACGACUUCGGGCAGGAUCAUCAUCAUCAUCAUCAUCAUCAUCAUCAUCAUCAUGUGCUGGGCCUGGGCCACAGCCACGACCUCGGCCUAGGCCAUCCGCACGACCAAGAUCUUGUUCUCGGCCAGUCGCACGACCACCACGAGCAUGAUCAUGAUCUCGUCCUCGGCCACCACCACGACAGCCAGCUCGUCCUCAGGCAUGACCACCACCAUGGCCACACCAGUGAUCUUGCUAUGGGGCAAGGGCAUGAGGACGAGUCGAUGGAUGAUGGGGAAGACCAUCAUGAUCUCGGCGAUUUGGCGCUCACCGAGUCACACCACCUCGGCGACGACGAUAAUCUUGAUCAUCUCUCGCUCGAGCAAGCCCAUGACCUCGCGCUCGAGCCGGGCGAUGACUACUCGCAGGGCCCUCUUGCCGUUGCCCCUGUCGUGCAGUCGCGGAUGAUGGUUGUGAGCACCGAGUUUCAGCUUGUGGUGGGCCAGGAGUUCCCGGAUGUCAUGAGCUGCCGCAGGGCUAUCCGCAACACUGCCAUUGCCUGCCACUUUGAGAUCCAGACUGUCAAGUCUGACAAGACGCGGUUCACUGCCAAGUGCGCUGCUGAGGGCUGCCCGUGGCGCAUCCAUGCUGCAAAGCUUCCUGGAGUGCCCACUUUCUCAAUCAGGACUAUACUUGACAAACAUACUUGUGUGGGGAUAAACCAUCUUGGCCACCAGCAGGCAUCUGUUCAGUGGGUUGCAAGUACUGUCGAAGAGAGGCUGCGAGAGAACCCACACUGCAAGCCUAAGGAAAUUCUGGAAGAAAUACACAAGUCACAUGGGAUCACACUAUCGUACAAGCAAGCCUGGAGAGGGAAAGAGCGGAUCAUGGCAGCAGUUCGAGGUUCUUUUGAAGAAGGAUACCGAAUCCUGCCUGAGUACUGUAGGCAGGUGGAAAGAACAAACCCAGGAAGUAUCGCUAGAGUCUAUGGGAACCCAGAUGAUAACUGCUUCCGGCGACUCUUCAUAUCGUUCUAUGCUUCGAUAUAUGGUUUUGUAAAUGCAUGCCGUCCGCUCAUUGGUCUCGAUAGAACUACUUUGAAAAACAAGUAUCUUGGUACCUUGUUUCUUGCCUCUGCUUUUGAUGGCGAUGGGGCUCUGUUUCCUCUGGCGUUUGGCGUGGUUGAUGAGGAAAAUGAUGAGAAUUGGAUAUGGUUUUUGUCUGAGCUGCAUGAGUUGCUGGAGAAGAACACAGAGAACAUGCCAAGGCUAACAAUUUUGUCAGACAGGCGCAAGGGUAUUGUUGAUGGAGUCGAUUUCAACUUCCCAACCGCGUUCCAUGGGUUCUGUAUGCGCCAUGUCAGUGAAACUUUCCGGAAAGAGUUCAACAAUUCAGUGCUUGUUAACCUUCUCUGGGAGGCUGCCAAUGCGCUGACUGUGAUAGAGUUCGAAACCAAGCUGCUAGAGAUAGAGGACGCAUCACAAGAGGCUGUUUGUUGGAUAAGACGCCUGCCUCCUCGCCUCUGGGCCACCGCUUACUUUGAGGGGGUACGGUAUGGCCACCUGACAGCAAAUGUCAUGGACUCGAUGAAUUCUUGGAUACUGGAUGCUUCUGGCCUUCCCAUAAAUCAGAUGAUGGAGGUCCUCCGUCGCCAGCUCAUGACUUGGUUCAACGAACGGCGCGAAGCAAGCAUGCAGUGGGCAACCAUCCUCGUGCCCAUGGCCGAGCGCCGUGUGCAGGAGGCCAUCGAGCGCGCCCGGGGCUUCCAGGUGGCCCGCGCCAACGAGGCAGAGUUCGAGGUCAUCUCGCCCCACGAGGGGACGAACGUGGUGGACAUCCGCAACAGGUGCUGCCUGUGCCGUGGGUGGCAGCUGUACGGCGCGCCGUGCGCCCACGGCGUGGCGGCGCUGCUCUCGUGCAGGCAGAACGUGCACCGCUACGCGGAGAGCUGCUUCACGGUCGCGACGUACCGCAAGACCUACUCGCAGACCAUACACCCGAUCCCAGACAAGACCCUCUGGAACGAGGGCCAGCCCGAGGAGGACAGGCUGGAGGUGAUCAUCAACCCACCAAAGUCGCUGAGGCCCCCCGGGCGGCCGAGGAGGACGAGGGUCCGCGCGGAGGACCUGGGCCGGGUCAAGCGGGUCGUGCACUGCAGCCGCUGCAACCAGACGGGCCACUUCAGGACCACCUGCGCCGCUCCCAUAUGAGCUCUGAUCCGGAGCACAUCUGGUGGUGGUGGUGGUGGUGUGAAUGAGGAAGAACAAGUUGGAAGUUGGCGCCUAUUAUGCAAACUUCCUGCUUGCAGAUUAGUGUUCCUUUUGGUUAUACAGUGCUAGGUUAUUACAUACUGCUGUUGGUUUAGCCGCGACGAUGAUGGUGAUCUGAUAAUAAUGCUGUUAACUUGUGCUUGCCCUGCUAGACUAGACCCAGGGAAUAUAUAAGAGUAAUUGUGGUGCUCAGGCAGGAAUGAUUGAAUUGUGUAUGUGACCCCUGAAUCAAAUGGCACGUACUGGGACUGGGAUGGACCCUGAUGUUGGUCGUGCA